AUUUUAUGUCAUAAAGGAAAAUAAGGCAAAACUUUGAAAACUGUGCCAUAUAUGGGGGAAAAAAAUAAGUUUCUUUUCUAAACAUCUGUGAGCCAGCUCCAUAUUCUAACCAACGGAGUUCCAUAGUAGCUGUGAAGUCCCCAGUGAGUUUGUGACCUGUGGCUUCAAAAUAUGUUAACUACUUCUCCUGGCCCAGCUUGUGAAACAAUAUGAGCUUUUUUUUCCCAUAAAUGUUGUAGUUAGUAACAUAUACUACAGUAGCUUUCUUUUACUCUCAGGUCUUUGUGUUUUUUAACGCAUAUGAACACUUGAUCUGUAAUUACGAACCUGCCAUUGCUAAUUGUGCAUUUCACGGAACCGGUUUUGAGUGUAUAACGAUGUUUCAUAGUCUAUAAAGCUCAUCUUCCUGGAGUGCCUUCAGCUGUCCUUCGCCUUCAUAGCGUGGAGGAGGAAGGGACAGAACACGUAACACACGAUUGUCAAAUUUUGAAAAAAAUCUAAUUUAGGGAAAUACGCUUCAGGUGCUUUUGGAGGCACUGUGAGGUACCAGCAACUUCUAACUUAGGUCACCUCUUUGUAUCCUGCUGGAACUUUUUGAGUUUUUUAUGGCUUUUUUUACAUAAAUUGAGAUUUUACUACUUAGAUUCCUAUGCUGCCGUAUCUGCUGCUGACUGUUCUACGACUUCCUCCUCUUUUCCCUUUAUCCCCUAAUAUUAAAUGGUGGUCAAAACGUAAUGUAAUAUGAAGAACUCAAAGGCAUUUUGUAAGUUUUUUUUGCUUAUAACCUGAUGUUUUUCCCCCCAUAAGUAGAAAACUUGAGGGCUAAAAAGUGAAGUUACCCGAGUACGGGCCAAUUCCUAUUAAACACCGUAUUUACAGUGGAAACCAGUCUAUUAGGAAUCUGUCUAGACUUUUAAUCAAUAGCUCUCUUAGAGCAAUGUGUAAUGGAGACGUACCAAAAGUCGGGGCAGCUCAGUGACAAGCAGAUAAGAUUUGACUUGUAAUAAAUCAGCUAGUCUUUGUACCCAAAAACUCACCAGUCACUUAAACUAUGAGUUCUUAAUUAUGGUUAAUAAAGAGAAUAAAAUUAAUAUUCCUAAAUCAGUAGACAAUAAAAUAUUUCUCUUUUAAGUAUUAUUUUGUGCCCAUACUUAAACAUGUGUUUUUCACGUUUUGGGAGGUUUGGAGAAUUUGAUGCUGUGAAGGCCUCACCCAGAAGCCUCUGUUCUGCUCAUGCUUAUUUUCUGCCCUCUGGGAUCUGGUCCAUGCGAGGGGCUGGGCAUUGCAGCUUAACACAGCUUGGUGAUGUGGGUGGGGGUUGUUGAAGGAGAUUUGGCUGCUAUAGAAGCGUACAAGUCAUCCGGAGGAGACAUCGCCCGUCAGCUCACUGCGGAUGAAGUGCGGUUGCUGAACCGUCCUUCUGCCUUUGAUGUCGGCUACACUCUCGUGCACCUGGCCAUCCGUUUCCAGAGGCAGGAUAUGCUGGCGAUACUGCUUACAGAGGUGUCUCAACAAGCAGCCAAGUGUAUCCCAGCAAUGGUGUGUCCAGAACUGACAGAGCAAAUCCGGCGAGAACUAGCUGCCUCUCUCCAUCAGAGAAAGGGCGAUUUGGCUUGCUAUUUUCUAACUGACCUUGUAACGUUUACGUUGCCAGCAGAUAUUGAAGACUUGCCCCCAACAGUCCAAGAAAAAUUAUUUGAUGAGGUGCUUGAUAGAGAUGUGCAAAAAGAGUUAGAAGAAGAGUCUCCAAUUAUAAACUGGUCCUUGGAAUUGGCUACACGUUUGGACAGUAGGCUGUACGCUCUUUGGAACCGGACUGCAGGAGACUGCUUACUUGACUCAGUACUCCAAGCUACCUGGGGCAUUUAUGACAAGGAUUCAGUGCUUCGGAAAGCCCUUCACGACAGCCUGCAUGACUGUUCACAUUGGUUUUAUACACGCUGGAAAGAUUGGGAGUCUUGGUAUUCUCAGAGCUUUGGUUUACAUUUUUCCUUGAGGGAAGAACAGUGGCAAGAAGACUGGGCAUUCAUACUCUCUCUUGCUAGUCAGCCUGGAGCAAGUUUGGAACAGACACACAUUUUUGUACUUGCACAUAUUCUUAGACGACCAAUUAUAGUUUAUGGAGUAAAAUAUUACAAGAGUUUCCGGGGCGAAACCUUGGGAUAUACCCGGUUUCAAGGUGUUUAUUUGCCUCUCUUGUGGGAACAGAGUUUCUGCUGGAAAAGUCCGAUUGCUCUGGGCUACACGAGGGGCCACUUCUCUGCUUUGGUUGCCAUGGAAAAUGAUGGCUAUGGCAACCGAGGUGCUGGUGCUAACCUGAACACGGACGAUGAUGUCACCAUCACAUUUCUGCCUCUGGUUGACAGUGAGAGAAAGCUACUCCAUGUGCACUUCCUUUCUGCUCAGGAGCUAGGUAAUGAGGAACAGCGAGAAAAGCUGCUCAGGGAGUGGCUGGACUGCUGUGUGACUGAGGGCGGGGUUCUCGUCGCUAUGCAAAAGAGCUCCCGUCGCCGAAACCACCCCCUGGUCACACAGAUGGUAGAAAAAUGGCUUGACCGCUACCGACAGAUCCGGCCAUGCACAUCCCUGUCUGAUGGAGAGGAAGACGAAGAUGAUGAAGAUGAAUGAAGAAAUCAAAGAGCAGAAGGCAUCAGAUCUGUGACAGCCCGAAGUUAGUGUGCUCCAAGCAGAGUGUGAGGGAAUGGCAUGAACCCAGCCUGGCGUGGUCUGCUCGGGAGCGGUUUCCUGACCCACACCCAGCAGGGUAGUGCGCCUGCGGUGUGAGGAGACAGAGAACCGUGUUGGACUACAGUUUGUAAAAAACUAAUUUUAUUAAGACAGACCUUUUUUUCCCUUUUCAAAUUGUAAAUCUGUCUAUAAAUGUAACGCAUGUGGUCGUGUAAGAAGUUGCGUAAUAGGAAAAGUUGUACCAGCAUCUUCGUGUUAUUGAGAUUUUUUUCCAGCAUGGGUACUUAAAAAAGCACACGGGAGAUGAGUUUGCUCCUUUGAGCUGUUCUUUUCAGUAGAACCCGGCAUCCUACUUUAACGUAAGAUCCAUUUCACACACUAAGUACCAUAGAAGUCGUUAAGAGAUUUGAAAAUUUUUUUGUACAAAUUAUCCACAGUAAAACAAAAAUAAAGAAGAUUUUAUUUUAUUAAUUUAGUUCCUGUUGUGCCCAAUAAAAUGAGAUCUUUCAGGAACAAACUGCAAGAAAAGCUACGAAUUUUUAUUCAGUGACUUUCCUAUAGUCAUUGUUCCCUUGUUUUGAAAAAGUUUUGUUUUUUUAUUACUAUUUCAUUUUUUUUUAAGUUUCCCAGUAUGCCCCUUUUCAGUAUUUGGGUAUUUAUUGUUUGGAAGAAUGACUUAAAAUGGGGGUACUUAUUCCAGACUCUUGGCAGCAGCCUGUUUACGAACAGUCAUUCCUUGGAUGCAACGGAGGGAAGUCCUUGGGGGAGUAGGCCCACUCGUAACUACACAAACCCUGUGAAAUUUGCUCACUUUAACUUGACUGAAAACGUUAUGCUCCGAAUUGCCAUUGCAGAGGGGUCUUCGGAGUCUUCUGUCAUCAACUCUGCUCUAGGCACAUCCUGUGAGAAGGGCGUGCCUUUGUUUAGGCUAAUGGGAAUACCAACACAGUGCAGGAUAUUUAAAAAUGCAGUAAGGUGGUUUAGAUGCAUUGUAUAAUGAAUUUCUCAGUGUGUACUCUGAGAACUUUUGCAUGUUGGUUAAUUGUGGCCAUUCUUAAGGUCAAAAUUAUAAUCUUAGAAAACUUUUUGUAAUUAUUUGACCACUUCAGGUAUAUACAUUCAAUACUGGGUAAAAGUUUCAAACCUAUCUCAGGAACACAAAAAGACUUCGUGUCCUGUUAAGUACCUUGUAGACUUGAUGUGGCAAGGAACUUGGAAAGGUGCCAUUUAUAUAUAUAUAUAUGGCAUUUUAUAUAUCUAUUUUCUGUCCUUUGAUGAGAAGGAAGGCUGUGAAAACUUUUAAAUAUUUGCUUCUUUUCUUCGAAACUCUGCUGAGAUGGUAUUGAAAUGUGCACUUCAUUUGAUGCUGGAAUACUAAAAAUAGAAAAAUGUCCAUAAUAUCUUUAGUUCUUUAUCCCCUCUCUGGACGCUCAGUAAAUGGUGUUCACAGGAUAAAAAAGGAUGGUUUUGCUGCAUGCGAAAACUUGGAAGGAAAAAAUUAUUUUUUAGUAUGAUUCCGUAUAAAUGAACUUUGGUAUGUUUUAAUGAUGGUAAAGGUACGGUUCCAAGUGUGUUCUUACAAAUGAACUCUAUAUAGUCUGCUUUCAUUUUGGUCAAUAAUAAGCAAAUAAGUUUUUAGGAGACUGCCAUUUUGUUCAGUAUAGCACCUGUAGUCAUUUUCUCUAUGUAGGAAUAAUUCCCUAAUGGGCAGUGAGCCUGUUAAGCAAAAACCUCCCAAUUGAGGAAUCCAAAGAGGAGUGUUGGAGGGAAAAGUGUCUUGUCACUGUCGUCCACAUUGCAGCUGACGCUGUCCAGCAAGUGGCCUGGUGAGUGUCCUUUCCCUCGAGUUGCCUUUUAUUUAUGACCAGUGACCCUGAGCACAUCUAGUUUGACAGGUACCGUGUUAUUCCCUGUGGGAAAGAAUUACAGAUGACCUCAUUGCCUAGACUCCCAUCAACAGGAAUGUUUUAAAUGGUUUUCAAGGCCAAAUUUUUGGAUGAAACAAUGCUGUGUUAAGUUCUUGAAUUAUUAAACAGCCAUAAUUUUUGUCCCAAGAUUCCUAUGUGGUUGGGUGACAGGUGUGAAUGUCUUUCAUUCGGCUCUUGCUAGUACUACUCUGUGAUAGACUUAAUUCCUUUCUAGGGAGAUCAGUGUCAUAUUUUAUGUUCUGUCUUCUUGGAAGUCAGUUUAUACAUAGACUCAUUCCCAAAGGAAACCCAGGUGCACCACAGAUGGAUGUGGUUCUGACUCCUAGGUGUGUUGUGUGCCAGCCCUCCUUGGUGUGAACGCAACACUGCUGCUUGGAGAUGGUUGGCUUCUCCUCUGCAGGCAUUUCAUUCCCUCAUAACCCUGUUUGACAUGAAGAGAAUGUUGACUAUCCUUCUGCCCCCUGGGUCAGGAACUAUGAGCUUUGUCUCCCUAUGGAGUGGUUUUUAUGCAGUUUUUCAUGGCAGAGUUGGGAUGGUGGGAGCAGCUUAGAGUGAGUGGCGACAAGGUAAUUCAGAGAUGGAUGCUAUAAGAGACUUGUGUGCGUGUGCUUUGUUUUGCUUCAAAUGGUAAGGGCUGAAAGGGAGUUUGGUACCUGGAAUUACUGGAUGUAACUGAUGCUUGUAGCCACCCCUAGUUAGAGAGAGGUUGGUUAAUGCUAAGUGUUUAUUAUCUAUGGAAAUGGCUGAUGUUAUUUUUGAACACUUCUUUGUAAAUAUAAUUAUUAGGUUACCACACCCCCACCAAGUUUGAGAUUCAUAGCCCCUUUAUUCAUUAGUGAUUGAACAGGUAAUUUUGCUUUUGGGUAAAUUAAAAUCAAAACUCUGAAACUUG